AUGUCUGCCUCGGGUCCAGCCACGCAGGAUAAUACCCGGAACUACCGCCCCAUCCGCCGAAAAAAACCGGAAGAAGCUGACGGUGGCUGGCGAGGUCCAAAGUUCCCGCCCAGCCCCUCUGUUUUAUUCUUUCCCCGCCUCCUCCGCGGAAGCGGAGCGCCAAACUCAAACUUUAACAGGACCCGGACGUCUUUUAGGCUAGUGCUGCGGGCCGGGUUUGUUGGAGUUUCCAGCACACCGGCCGGGGAAGCGGUUCAGCAUGAGCCAGGUUCUGUUCCAGCACCUCGUCCCAUUGCAAGUGAAAUGCAAAGACUGCGAGGAGAGGAUUUAGUUAUCCGUCUGACUGAUGAUACUGAUCCAUUUUUUCUGUAUAACCUUGUUAUAUCAGAGGAAGAUUUUCAGAGUUUAAAAUUCCAGCAAGGUCUUCUGAUAGACUUCUCAGCUUUCCCACAAAAAUUCAUAGAUCUCCUUCAGCAGUGUACUCAAGAACAUGCCAAAGAAAUUCCAAGGUUUUUGCUACAGUUAGUUUCUCCAGAAGCUAUUUUGGAUAACUCACCUGCUUUUUUAAAUGUGGUAGAGACAAAUCCUUUUAAGCAUCUUACACACCUUUCAUUAAAACUGUUACCUGGAAAUGAUGUGGAAAUAAAGAAGUUUCUAGCAGACUGUUUGAAAUGUAGCAAGGAAGAAAAAUUAUCAUUGACACAAUCACUAGAUGACGUUACCAGGCAACUGAAUUUCACACAAAAGACACUAUCAGAAAAAAUCCAGGAAUUAGAUAAGUUACGGAAUGAAUGGGCAUCACACACAGCAACAUUGUCAAAUAAGCAUUCUCAAGAACUGACGAAUGAGAAGGAAAAAGCUUUGCAGGCACAGGUUCGAUACCAACAGCAGCAUGAACAACAGAAAAAAGAUUUAGAAAUCCUCCAUCAACGAAACAUCCAGCAGCUACAAAACAGAUUGUCUGAGUUAGAAUCUGCUAAUAAAGACCUCACUGAAAGGAAAUAUAAAGGAGACUCUACCAUCAGAGAACUUAAAACAAAGCUGUCUGGUGUUGAAGAGGAGCUCCAGCGGGCUAAGCAAGAAGUCCUCUCUUUGCGAAGAGAGAAUUCUACACUUGAUGCUGAGUGCCAUGAAAAAGAAAAGCAUAUUAAUCAUCUACAAACAAAAGUGGCUGUUUUAGAACAGGAAAUCAAGGAUAAGGAUCAGCUUGUUUUAAGAACAAAAGAAGCAUUUGAUACAAUCCAGGAACAAAAGGUGGCUUUAGAAGAAAAUGGUGAGAAAAAUCAAGUACAACUAGGAAAACUUGAAGCUACAAUAAAAUCAUUAUCAGCUGAACUUCUUAAGGCAAAUGAAAUUAUCAAAAAGUUGCAAGGAGAUCUGAAGACCUUAAUGGGUAAAUUGAAACUGAAGAAUACAGUAACGAUUCAGCAAGAGAAACUCUUGGCUGAGAAGGAAGAAAAAUUACAGAAGGAACAAAAAGAAUUACAAGAUGUUGGACAGUCUCUCCGAAUUAAAGAGCAAGAGGUAUGCAAGUUACAAGAACAAUUAGAAGCUACAGUUCAAAAACUUGAAGAAAGCAAAGAGCUUCUAAAAAAUAAUGAGAAGUUAAUCACAUGGUUAAAUAAAGAAUUAAAUGAAAAUCAGCUAGUGAGAAAGCAAGAUGUAUUGGGACCUUCAACCACUCCACCUGUACAUUCUAGUAGCAACACCAUCAGAAGUGGAAUUUCUCCUAACUCUAAUGUGGUUGAGAGUAGACUGACUUACCCAACUUGUGGGAUUGGUUAUCCUAUCUCCUCUGCAUUUGCAUUCCAGAAUACCUUUCCUCAUCCUAUAGCUGCCAAAAAUACCAUCCACCCAGUUUCAGGACCAAAGGUGCAGUUUAACUUGCAGUUUACAAAACCAAGUACAUCACUAGGAGAUGUUCAAUCAGGAACAACUGUUAGUAUGCCCUGCUCAACUGAUAAGGAAAAUGGUGAAAAUUUAGGGCUGGAACCCAAAUAUCUGAAGAAAAGGGAAGACAGCAUUCCUUUACGUGGGCUCAACCAAAAUCUAUUUAAUAAUCCAGAGCAUCAAAAAGACAGCACUUUAGGAGCAUUACAGACUUCUUCAAAACCCGUAGUGCUCCCUUCUACGUCUUCAGCGUAUUUCCCUGGGCAGCUACCAAACAGUUAAUCCUAUUGUCAUCUUUUACUUUUACUGAAAUUUUAGAAAUUCAGCGUGGUUUUAAUAUAGAAACAGCACAGAUCAAAUUCUGAAUAAGCAAGUUUCAAAGUUUAUUGACCUACUGUAUUAAGAUUGUUUGGAUCCUUUAAGUAUUGCUGUCCUUUAUGCAGUUUAGGGGGGCAAAUUUGUACUAGGGAAUGGGUGAAGAUUCUUUUUAGUUUGGAACAUGGUGUUUUGUAGAAUGAUAGUAUGAAUUUUAUUAAACUAAUCCUUAGAAAUUCUCAGCAGUUCUAAGGAAAGAGUUGAUCCUUGUAAGGGAAUUCUAAUCAUAUUCAAUAUCUCGGUUAAUUAAAAACUCAGAUAUAUAUACUAGUAUGAAACCAAAGAAUGCUAUCAGUUCAUUGUAUCAUUUUCAUUAGUACAAUAAAAGUUUUAAAUUUGCCACCUGAGAAUUUUAAGGGAAAAUAAUUAUCUCUUUAGAUAUAUUAUUAUUAUUUUGCGGUAUGCG